AUGCUUCUCCUUCAAGGCUCCAAACACCUGGUUGUUGCUGCCAUCCCUUUUGCAUCUUAUUUGCUUGAGGCUCAACCAAUAGGCUUGGAGUUACUUGCCGGAGUCAAAAGGGCACAUCCUCUAAGCAAGCAUCGGUGCUUGUUAUGGUGGGCAGCCGAGCGAAGGCUUCUCCUUCAAGCUCCCAAUUACCUGGUUGGCGCUGCCAUCCCUCUUGCAUCUUAUUUGCUUGAGGCUCAACCAAUAGGCUUGGGUUAG